AUGGCACAACAGCAGGCCCCACAGCGGCCACCACAACUCCGCCAACCCUCCUAUCUCAACUCCAACGCCGUAGCGGGACCCAGUAAUGCGGAGAACACCCUCAAUUCCCCCGAGCAUCCUUCACUCGCCCUUUCUCCGACCCUCUCCUCCCGCAAACGAACUCUUGAGGACUCGCAAGAAUGGGUUCUUUUCUCCCCCGACACGGCGACGUCAUCGCCAUCCCUCAUUCGGACCCACACCGCGUCAACCGGCCGGACACUUCGCACGGUGGGCCUCACGCGGUAUAGCGAUGUCGGAUCGCUCGACACCGCCGCUCGCUCCGAUCAGAUCAGUUCCGAUGCAUACGGUGAUGAGGAUGCCAUCGACGUUGACAAUGACCUAACUUGCCACGGCUCCGAUGAGGAGGGGACAGCCGAUCUCGAUAGCCUGGACGACGGCCUCCAUGCUUUCCACGAACUGUCCGACUGGAGUGGAGGGCCUCGCGCACGUCUCGAUCAGAGUGGUGGGACUGUCCUGCCCACCCACGAUGGGUUCGGGUCGUUCAAUGCUAGUGGCACGCAGGCCGUGAUGCAGGAACAAAUCGGGCAGUUUGAGCGGUACAAUACGCGACGCCGUGGCAGUUCGCAAGUGCGAAGGCGAACAUCAAGUAUCCAGCGGCGCUUGGAUGCGCUGCAAGAGGUGGAGGAGCUUACGGGUGAGCACGACCGGAUACAAAUGGUGGAGCGAUGGAGACUGGAACAGAGCAAGGCAUUGCUGGAAGAGAUUGAGCGGGAGACGAGGCGAAUGCGGAGGAUGAGCCGGACGAUUGGUGCGGCCAUGUCGGCGGCAUCGGCCACAGGAGUGGACGAACCUCCUGAGAAUGAGUCAUGGUGGCAGCGUUUCACCCGCAAGGUGAUCCGUGACUUGAUGGGGAUCGACGAGAACUUGCUUUCCGUCAUCUUCGGCGAGGCUCUACCGAUUGAGGCGACGGCAUCAGGAGACGGCAACGAUUCGGCCGGUACGACACCCACCAACAGCACCAUGCGAGAUAUCCUCGCAGAAGGCCAGGAUGAGUUGGACCACUCAUGGGAACAUCGGCUCCUCUCCCGCAUCGCACGGGAACUCGGCAGUCUCGUUCACCAACUCUCGGAGCACCCGGGGGCAUUUUCAACAUACGUCCGCACGCAGGAGACGCCUACCUACGUCGGGGCGCGCGGUCCCUCGUCUCGACAGCCGACCACCCAUCCCACCGGCACCAUUGCGCAUGACAAUUCCCCAUUCGGCCCGCUUAGCCCGCUCACGCCCACAACCUCCAACUCGACCGGCCCCCUCUUCCAGCCUACCGUACAGACCGCCCACCGCACCCCUCCCUUUAGCGACCCCUCGCUCUGGGGUAUUGAAGAAGAAGAGGAGCCCCUACCGUCGGACCCCCGCCAUUUCAACGAGCUGGACCGUGUAUAUUGGGAGCGCGAGCUCGACGCCAAGCUCAUCUUCAACUUCCUCCGCCAACGCUUCUCCUCCCGCCCCAGCUCCCCCACCCCCGAAGCCUCCGGCCUCUCUCGGUCUCCGUCGAAC